UAACAAGUUGAUUGAACAAUUUUUUUUUAUUUUUUAAUUAUUUACUUACUUUGAUUUGAUAGAACUUGAACUCGAUGAUUUAUUCUUUUCGACCACAGAUCCAAUUUCAGAAAUAUUGGAACUGUUGUCAAUUAAAAUGUUUGAAAUUCAUCAACCCUCUAGAGCCACCUAGAAACAAUUAAAAAGAAAAUUAACCUAAUUAUCCCAUUCCAACCAGUGGCCUCCAAAUGCAGCAAAUUUUGUUGAAUCCUGGGUUUGCAUUUGAUCAAAAUCCUUCCUGCGUUGAUUAAGUUAGAUGGGAUCGAUUAAAAGGUACUUUAAACAAUUUUCCGUUUUCAGAAUCCAUUUCAGGUACUCUUUUACCCUUUUUUUUAAUGCUUUUGCUGCAUUUCUUUUUAUUCCUUUAGCUAGUAUCAUUUAGAGUUAGAUUUAAAGAUUUGGUAAAUGUAAAUUCCCUCUAUGAGAUGGCCCCAAAUCUGAAAUCCUUCAUUGCUUCGUCUGUCCUUGUUCUAUUCUUAGCAAUCUCUUUUAGUUUUAGCAGAACAAACUACUACAAAAUCUUCAACCUCAAAUCGAGUCUCGCUUCUUACCGCCCUACAUUCCUUCAAUCUGUUUUCUCAUUUGUGCUAAAAACCCCAAAACCCAACAGACCCCAUUGGCCAAAUCCCAUUUCCAGCCCCCCUCACUGUGUUCUAUGGAUGGCUCCCUUCCUUUCAGGUGGUGGGUAUAGUUCAGAAGCAUGGUCUUAUGUUUUAGCACUCGAUGAAUACAUGAAAAGUCGAGAAAACCCGAGUUUUAAAUUGGGUAUUCACCAACAUGGUGAUUUGGAGUCACUAGAGUUUUGGGAGGGAUUGCCUCAAAAUGUAAGGGAUUUGGCAAUUGAGUUGCACCGAACCGAUUGCAGAAUAAAUGAGACCAUUGUGGUUUGCCAUAGUGAGCCUGGUGCUUGGUAUCCCCCAUUGUUUGAAACUCUUCCUUGCCCUCCAACGGGUUAUCAUGAUUUCAUGUUUGUUAUCGGUAGGACCAUGUUCGAGACGGAUAGAUUGAAUUCGGAACAUGUUAAGCGUUGUAAUAGAAUGGAUUCUGUUUGGGUUCCUACUGAGUUUCAUGUGUCCACAUUUGUGCAAAGUGGUGUAGAUCCGUCUAAGGUUAUGAAAGUUGUGCAGCCUAUUGAUGUGAGGUUCUUUGAUCCCUCCAAGUAUGAGCCGUUGGAUAUUGCUUCUGAGGGGAAUCUGGUUUUAGGUGCAAAAGCCCCCAAUUCAAGCCCCGUAAAGGAGUUUGUGUUCUUGAGUGUCUUCAAAUGGGAGUUUAGGAAAGGUUGGGAUGUUUUGCUCGAAGCAUAUUUGAAAGAGUUCUCCAAGGAUGAUGGGGUGGCUUUGUACUUGUUGACUAAUCCUUAUCAUUCUAGUAGAGAUUUCGACAACAAGAUUGUCCAGUUUGUUGAAGACUCUGAUAUGCAAAAGCCAGCUAAUGGAAGGGCUCCGGUGUAUGUCAUUGAUACUCAUAUAGCUCACAUUGACUUGCCUCGACUAUACAAGGCUGCCAAUGCCUUUGUUCUUCCAUCAAGAGGAGAAGGAUGGGGAAGGCCUGUUGUGGAAGCCAUGGCAAUGUCGUUGCCGGUAAUAACAACUAAUUGGUCAGGGCCUACUGAGUAUUUGACAGAGGAGAAUAGCUAUCCAUUGCCAGUGGAAAGAAAGAGUGAGGUAACGGAAGGACCAUUUAAGGGGCAUUUGUGGGCUGAACCGUCAGUUAUUAAGCUUCGAGCUCUUAUGAGGCAUGUGAUCAGUAACGUGGAGGAAGCCAGGGCUAAAGGUAGGCAGGCAAGGAAAGACAUGAUCAAUAGCUUUUCUCCGGAAAUUGUUGCAGAGAUUGUCACAGGUCAUAUACAAAAUAUACUUGACAAAUAACAAGAUGAUGUAUGAUCAUUGCUUCUGGUUUUGAGAUGAUGUUUUCAGGUGAAGAUAUGAUCAGUACGUGGUGAUUUUACAAGAGUUUGCUUGUUUAACAAUUAAACUUAAUGCUUGUCAGUUCAGUUUGGAGGCAAACCAAUUAGGCACAUUAGAACCUUCGUUCUCCCAUCUAGCUAGUCGAAUCAGUUCAGUUGAGGCUAGUCCAUAACAAUAUGCAAAUGUAGUCUGCUUCAUUUAAUGGCUGUUCAUCUUUGUGGUGUAACGUUUUUGCCAUUCCUUUGAUAACGCAAACCCAUGUUAUAUUGUACCCGUAUUACAUGUGUUUGUACUUCAUAGCUUAUAUAAGUUUCUAACUGUUAAAAUGUCCAUUGGAACUUGGGAGACAAAUUCGAAUAUAGUCAUUCAUUAAUGUUCUUUAAAUCAUUCCACAGGCUUUCAACGGUAUGGGAGUCAGUCAGAAAAAGCUAACAUAAUUCAACUUUUGUAACCUGUACUCACGGAAACGGGAAAGAAAAGAUGUAAAACUUAUCCCACAUCGGCUACAUAAGUUAAUUAUUUUGUAUUAAUAAAAGGAAGGUUUAGACACAUCCACUAACAAACUACUAGACGAAGUGAGUGGGUUGAGGCCAAUGCUUGUAACUUGGCCAGACCCAGGAAAGUCCCCGGGCCCUAAACUGCAGAGAUGCAGGCUCGGAAUCGAGCAAAGCUUAAGGCCGUUGGGGUCUGUCCUUACCUAUGGUAAGGCGGGGCAGAGACAAGUGUGGAGCCCUAAUGACCUUAAUGCCGAAGCAACUUGGCCGAUGUUCACAGUUAUUCACUUGGUCCCUAAGCUUGGACUAACUGAACGGGGCUUAUGAUCUAGUAGUAAUAUUU